AUGGGGAAAGCAAACAACUGCACAUUCAUGGGAGGUGGGAUUCCUCUGUCAUCUGAGUUCUUUAAAGUGAUCAAGAAUGAUCUCUGGCUGUUCCUCCUUCCUGCUGUGUUUGCUGUGCUUAUUCUUGCUCUCUUCAUGGAGGAGAUUGGCUUUUUUCUGCGGCAUGUCCCCUCUCAGCGGCGUAGAUGUCUCAGCCUGUGGAUCCUGGGAAUAUAUCCAGUCUUCGGGAUGACGUCUAUCAUUGCACUAUAUGUUCCACGCUCCUCAUUUCUGUGCAAUUUCAUUGCAUCUCUUUAUCACUCCAUUACACUCUUGAAGUUCAUGGGUCUUAUCAAAGACUUCUUCGGUGGAAAGACUCGGAUGCUGGAAAUGUUAGCAGGGGAGCAGGUGUCUCCAAACCCCUUCCCUUGCUGUUGCUGCUGCUGUCUUCCUCUCUUCAACAUCAACGAAACGAGCGUGGGCUGGAUGAUGGCUGCUGUUCUUCAGCUCUCUGUGGUCAGAACAGUCCUGUUCUUCCUCACUCUUGUCCUCUGGACUGAUGAGCAAUAUGAUUAUGGGGUUGUGAAUUCAGGUAAUCUCAACAUGUAUGUCAAUGCCAUCAUUGCCAUAUCCACGUUUCUGUCUUUCUAUGGCUACUUGCUGUUUUAUAAAGCCACAAAAAAAGCAUUGCCUGGAUAUGGACUUCGAGCCAAGUUUAUUUGCAUCAUUGUCAUCCUGGUCCUUUGUGGACUACAGAGUGGAAUUUUGGAGACCAUGGGUGCCCUGAAUGUCAUCCCCUGCACUCCUCCCUUCUCUGAUCUGUUUCGGUCUCAAUUAAUUUACCACUAUUGUGUACUUGUGGAGAUGUUCUGCAUCAGCCUCUUUGCACAUCACACAUUCCGGAAAGUUGAACCCUGUCAUGACGAGGCUGAAGAAAUAGAAGUUGAUGUCCUAAGAGUUCUCAAUGAAAAGGCAAUUCAGACAGAAGAUGAGCUGCCAAUCGCUGUGCAGCUCUCCUCUCAAGAAGACGAUCCAUGCCAUUCUAACCUCGGAUACAAUAGUGACAGUGAAGACAGCCUCUGUAAAAUUGAACACGCACCACUGGACCGCUUCCCCUUCCCCUUACAGCACAAAAUGCAAACUGUGGCGAACACUGAGAAAGUGUGUACUACACCACCUGAAGACUCCAUGAGUGUGGAUCGGCCGACAAUUACUGUCAGUGCUGAAAUUAACCAUGUUAACAAUGGUGAUGUUACUGUUGUGUAA